UUCCUACGUGGAGAUGAGCAUCACACAACCGGGGAAAAACGUCCGAGUGAAAAGUGCUACAAUACGUAGAGAAAUCUCCAAACCGCCACAAAGGCCUGUGAAGUCUGCAGGUCCUGUGAGACCUCGGCCCUCAGAGAGCGCGCUUUCAGAAGAACGGUUUAGUCAGCCGCCCAGUGAUAGACGGCCACACAAACCUGUCCCACCGACCCCAACCCCAGACACCACGCAAGAACAUGUUGAAGUAAAGACCCCGACGUCGAUGUCGUACGAUGAAGUGAUAGAGAAGUACGGUUGGAGGGCGGAGGUUCAGGGAGACCCUUAUGGUAUCAAAAAUACGGUUUUACCAGAAAGAUUGGCCUAUACCAUCAAAUGUCCAGAACCAGAGAUCCCACCGAAUCCACUGACUGGACAAAUGCAGAACUAUGACACUUUCUUCUAUAAUACCAUCCCCCGCAAGCCUCUGUCUUGUGUGGUGCAUCCUGAAUGGAUCUCUGAGGUUUUACAAGCAAAGAGAAUAGAACUGGCUAAAAAGGAGUCCGGCAAAAAGUAUAGGCACACAAAUUACGCCUUUUUAUACUAACAUGUAUUCAUUAUCUGGAUAUGAAUUUUUAAAUAUUUUUUCUCAAUAUAUUGAUUAUUUAUAUGGUCGUUAACAGUUUGGCGUAUCUCGCUGAGCGAGGUUCGCGUUGUUUGUUAAAGGCGUUAGAAUGCGUUAUUUCCAAAAUAGGUCAAUGUAUAAAAGAAAAAUGUCAGUUACAUAUCCUCCGUUUGGAAUUCGAUUUUUUUAACUAGAAGUGAAGGAAAGAGUAUUUUAAGACGUUUAUAUUUUUAAUCAGGGUACCCGAAAGCGCUUUCUGUUGAUUUUAAUAGUUUUAUGUAGCCUACAUAAUCAAAAUGAAAAAAAGUGUGAAAACGGACUCUAGAGUUCAAAACUCAAGUAAUCUAUUUUUACAUAUAACAAGUUUUCAUAGACAAUCUGACAUUUUAAAUAAGGGCUUAGACGUGUGAGUUGAACAUUUUCGGGGAAUUUUUGUCCUUUCGUAUAGGCCUAUAGUGGUGCCUCUUCGAAAUUGCACGCUCUUUUUUCAUUUAAAAAAGUCCUUACUUAUAAACUGGUGCCUAAAGUCGGAUUAUCGUCUGUUUGUAAAUAUUUAUUUUCAGUGAGACCCACCGGAUCUUGCAUGUAAUAUCCAAGGUUUAGUCAAAUUCAGUUUGGAUUAGGUGCUCUUGCGUUUUCAUAUUAAAACAGCGUACAUGAAACGAUGGUGUCAAAGAAAAGGAAGAAAAAUAAUUAAACAUAAACGCAGAGUGGUGGAAGUCAUUGCUGGAAGAGAGUAAACUCUGAACAAAAUAACAUUUUAUGUUUGACUAAGUGAAAAGCUUUAAGAUAAAUGUUAAAUGUUAUGUUCGACUAGGCCUAAGGGUAGCCUACACUUGUUAGAGCACAAUAUGACUAUCAGGGUAAUCGACAGUUUUAAUUUUUUAACUACCCAAUUUGCCAUAUAUUAAUUUUUUUAAUUGUACGCAAGUUUCUUAGGAAAACACUAUAAUUACGCAAUAAAAUACUUACUUUACUUUUACAAAUA